AUGCGCGUCCUGUACUUGGACCCGAUCACGUUUCCGCCGGCCGCGCUCGACGAUGCGACGAUGCUGCAGCUACGACGCUACCUUCUCGGGUCGUCCAUCGUGCCGAUCAGCAGCUGCUUCUUCGUCGACGCGUUCACGCUGACGACCGAGCAAGUGCGCCGGGAGCUGGCAACGUGCGCCAAUCGCUGGCUCUUCCUCGACCCAAGCGGCGACAGCGUGACGGUCUCGGCGGUGCCAGGCGAGAGCGUCUUUGUCGACGGCAAUAUCCUGCGUGACGGCGAGAAGCGCACACUGGUCCACGGCAGUCGCAUCACGCUCGCAACCACCGCUUCUUUCGAGAUUUCGUACGACUUCUACGAGACUCCCCGCGCCGCCACGCGCUCGCCGGUUGACAGCACGCGAACCCGCCCUGACGUGGUCCUGGAUACGCAGGCUGGAGACGUCGACGUUGAGCCAAAAGAGGAGCCAGCGAUCUCUGACGUGCCGAUGCCGCUGCCCGAGUCGCUUCAGCUGCAGGCACCGACGACACUGGCACCGGUUGCGAUUGUGACGCCAACGAUCGCAGCCCCACAAGACGGUACGGCACCAGCAGUGCCCAAAUGCGUCGCCGCACCAGCUACCAAGCGAGCCGUGCCACUGGCCAGGGACGUUUCGCUACUUCAAACGUCGGCGACCUUGGCGUUCCAGAACACGCGCUUGCCGGACCCGGCACCAUGGCCGGACGAGUUGCCAGACCUCUUUAAUGGUGGCAACGACCACGACCACGAUGACCAACAGGACGCACCGGUGGCCGAAAAUCCGCCCCGAUCCCACCGCGGACUCGACGCUAUCGGUGCCCAAGCAGCGUCCGACCGUCGACGCACCGGCGCCACCACGGCGUCGACCAACGCAAAACGACCGAUCGGUGGUAUCGCGGACCCCAUCGGUGGACCCUCCAACGUCCCCACCACGUCGUCGCACGGCUCCGCGUAUAGCGACGACCCGAUCCGCGUCGACGUUGGAGCCUCCGACAUCACCACCGGCACGCACGCGCCUACGCUUGGCUCGUCGGGCAUCAACGCCCGCGCCCAAGUCGCCGCCGAUCCCGUUCUUGUGCACCGAGAAACGCUGUCACAAAAUCGCUACGUUUGA